AUUAUGCUCCUCCUACGGGACGGUCGUGUUGAUAUUAAUAUAACAGACUUCCAGGGGCAGACAGCGUUAUUUUAUUUAGUAUUUAAUUACAAUAUAUCUUUUCUGACCAAGCUUCUGCAGCGCCAAAAUAUUAAUAUCAACAUUACAGACUCCGGCGGCCAGACAGUACUCUUCCAUGCGGUAAAAACGGGCAAUAAGAAAACCACAGACCUGCUUCUAAAACAGCCGGAUAUUAAGGCAAAUGUCUUAGAUAAAAAUUAUCUGACCCUAUUAGGACAUGCAGCUUCUCGGGGUCAU